CUUUACCUUCGUGUCCUGCCUAAGGAACCGCUGGGUGUGGGACACCGUGGGCUGCGUGUGGGACGGGUUCAGCAGCAGCCUCUUCGAGAAGAGUUCCAGUCACAAAUGCAUAUGUGAUGCAUUUUGACAUUUACUGCUAAGCCGAAAUGCAGAAAUGAAAACCACACGUCCGUUUUAAUAUUCUCAGAUGUGAUUAGAUGUACUUUAUCAUGGUUUUAUGCUACUGGCUUAUAAAAAAAAUACAUUAAAAAAGGGAAACAGUUAAACAACUAGGACCUGCAAACCCAAUGCUUCUGGGAUGAACUGGAACAUCACAAGGAGAGAUUUUAUUAUGCAUAAGCAGACCUCAGCAGAGCCCUCAGCCUAGAUUUAUACACAUUUCCUUCAUCAGCAGCUGUCACAAGACACUUUGCCUCCUAGAAUGGCAGACAUUCUCCCCACAGAGUUUGAUGUGGUUAUAAUAGGGACAGGUCUGCCUGAAUCCAUCCUUGCUGCUGCAUGCUCAAGAAGUGGACAGAGGGUUCUACAUAUUGAUUCAAGAAGCUACUAUGGAGGGAAUUGGGCUAGUUUCAGUUUUUCAGGAUUGCUAUCCUGGUUGCAGGAGUAUCAGCAAAACAGAGAUACUGAGGAAGAAAAUACUGCCUGGCAAGACUUGAUUCAUGAAACAGAGGAAGGCAUCACUCUUUGCAAGAAGGAUGAAACCAUUCAACACAUAGAAGUUUUUUGCUAUGCCAGUCAAGAUAAAGAGCACAAUGUUCAAGAGAUCGGUGCUCUUCAGAAAAGUCCCUCCUCAAUGGCGUCUAGUACCCUCAUUGAAUCUGUGGAUUCUGCRUGCUUGCCCAAAGAAAGGGACUCCUCUUACUUCACUAGCUCUGAAAUAUCUGCCCAACAUACCCAAAAAAGUGCUAAAGAUAUUUCACUAGAARUAACUGAUGUACAAGAAUCAUUAGAGAAAGAUAAAACUUGUAUACACACAAUUUCAGGUGGGAGUAAAGGUGAAAACAAACCUACAAUAGAAGAUAACAUUGAUCAGCCAAAGAGAAAUAGGAUUACUUACCCUCUAAUAGUUGAAGAAGGCAGGAGAUUUAAUAUUGAUUUGGUAUCAAAGCUGCUAUAUUCCCAAGGAUCACUGAUUGAUCUUUUAAUCAAAUCAAAUGUUAGUCGUUAUGCAGAAUUUAAAAAUGUAACUAGGAUUCUUGCAUUUCGGGAAGGAAAGGUAGAACAGGUGCCUUGCUCCAGAGCAGAUGUAUUUAAUAGCAAAGAACUCACUAUGGUUGAAAAAAGGAUGCUGAUGAAAUUUCUUACCUUUUGUUUAGACUAUGAACAACAACCUGAUGAAUACCAAGAUUUCAAGCAAUGUUCAUUUUCAGAGUUCUUAAAAACUAAAAAGUUAACCCCCAGCCUCCAAUACUUUAUACUACACUCAAUUGCAAUGACAUCAGAAUCAUCAUGUAGCACAUUAGAUGGCCUUAAAGCAACAAAAAACUUCCUUCAGUGUCUUGGACGGUUUGGCAACACUCCRUUUUUAUUUCCCUUAUAUGGCCAAGGAGAAAUUCCCCAGUGUUUUUGCAGGAUGUGUGCUGUUUUUGGUGGAAUCUAUUGUCUUCGCCAUAAAGUACAAUGCCUUGUAGUUGACAAAGAAUCUGGUAGAUGUAAAGCAAUUAUAGAUCACUUGGGUCAAAGAAUAAAUGCUAAAUAUUUUAUUGUGGAGGAUAGUUACCUUUCUCAGGAAACAUGCUCCAAUGUGCAGUAUAAACAGAUCUCAAGGGCAAUACUCAUUACAGAUCAGUCUAUACUAAAGACAGAGUCAGAUCAACAGAUUUCCAUUUUGAUAGUGCCUCCAAUAGAAUCAGGAGCCUGUUCUGUUCGGGUCACGGAAUUAUGUUCAUCAACCAUGACAUGCAUGAAAGACACCUAUCUAGUACAUCUGACCUGUGCAUCUUCAAAAACAGCAAGAGAAGACUUAGAAUCCGUGGUGAAGAAAUUAUUCACUCCUUUUACUGAAACAAAAGAAGAAAAAGAAGAACUUAGAAAGCCAAGACUUUUGUGGGCUCUAUAUUUUAAUAUGAGAGAUUCCUCGGGAAUCAGCAGAAGCUCCUAUGAUGGCUUACCUUCAAAUGUUUAUGUCUGCUCUGGGCCUGACUGUGGACUGGGAAAUGAGCAUGCAGUCAAACAGGCAGAAACUCUGUUUCAGGAGAUGUUUCCUGGUGAAGAAUUCUGUCCUCCUCCUCCAAAUCCAGAAGACAUUAUCUUUGAUGGUGAUGAUAAGCAACCAGAAGCUCCUGGAACCAACGUAAUAAUGGCCAAGCUUGAAUCCCCCGAGGAAAGCCAAAACUUGGAAAGCCCGGGGAAGCAUCUUCAGAAUUAGAAAAGAACUCAAAAUGCUCUUCAUCCUGGAAUCGAUAUAUUAUUAUUUGAAGGACAGCUUCCUACAUAAAAGAAUGGUAUGCAGAUGUCUUUAACAUGAUUUGAGACAUUGGGCACUGGGUGUCUUUGUGAACCUAUUAUUUGUCACUAGACUUUUUUUUUUUUAAUUUCAGAAUCGGCUCCAUGAUCCAGAAUAUCAAAAAAGGAUUAGCUUUAUUUUAAUAUUGGGUAUUGUGUGAGGGUUCCAUGUUAGCAGCUUUGCUAAAGAAAAGUAGUAUUGUGCCUACUACUGGUCUUUAAAUUUUCUUUAUCUACAGAACAAUUAAUAUCAUUUAAGAAACACUCUAGUUACUAUUGCAGCUACUAAAAUUGCUAUCACCUCUGCUUGAAUAGUGAAACACAUACAAAUAAUAAAUUUUGUGAGUUUUUUAUAAAUAAUAUAAACAUGUAGGCUUAGUAGUAGGAAUAGCAAUAGUACAAAUACCAAUAUGAUAAAAUACAAUUGUUUCUAAUUGUUAAGUCUGAUGUUAACAAUACAUUUUGCAGGUGAAUUUAUCUACUUGACCCUUAUAACCCAUGARGCAGUGAGACCAUUAUAGCCUUCUACUUUAAAGAGUCAAGAGUUUGUAGUUGAAGAGCUCAUUUGUGGGAGAUACACUCCAAGGAAAUUUAGAAGUUAGAGUAGUUAAAAAAAAAUCUCUAAAACCUUGCUUUGACAUCUAAAACAAAAGAUCUUCCAACAAGUAACUCAGGCCAAAAUAAAAAAAUAAAUGACCCCAGAAAAAAGAUAUUUCAGGAUGACCAUUCCAAAAUUUCUAAAAAGGAUCCAAAGGAAAAACUGAGUGGGACACUUUUAACCUAGGAUUAUAGAUGAUUUUAAAAUUCUCUGCUUAAAUAGAUUUUCUUAUCCCAGUUUUCUCAGGAUGAAACUACCACCUUGUCUCUGUCACUUUAAUUAGCAAUAGUAGCCAAGAUACUGAGUCAAAGUAGGAUUUACUGUGCCCCUAUGGUUGUGUCCCAUCCCACAAAUAGGUAAGAACAGCCUUCAUAGUUACUUCUGCUUCUUAGCUAUAUCUGGAGAAUAAAUGCCCCCCCAUCCAAAGUUUAAAAAAAAAAAAGGUCAUUUACUCCAACUUUCUAAGGUGAAAGCUUGGGAAGCUGUCAGCGGAGGUGAAUUUCCAUGAUUAAUUCCAUUUCCAGUCCUYAGGCAGAGAGAAUGAUAAUCCUAUAGAAACCCAAAUCAUUUCAUAACCGUGUUUGUUCUCAAAAUAGCAUUUACUAUGUGCUGGGCAUACUGUGCUUUCUCACUACAGUUUCUCAAUAAUAUAAGGCAGAUACUAUUGCAUACAUUUUCAAAGAAGUAUGGAGACUCAGUUAUUAAUCAUUACUCAUUCUGAUGUGUGGAUGAGCCAGUAUCRGAACCCAUUCUUUCAUGAUUCCAUAAACCAUUCAUCUUUCUAUCUGCAAUCAUUGUUAGAAACGUAUAGGUACAGAAUGAGAAGGAAAAGGUGCCCAUGAAAGUCAAAAUCUAAUGUUGCUGGGCAAGAAAAGUAGACAGACCCUGGUCUUUCAGCUUAUUGUUAAGUCAGAGAAAURUGAAUAAGAUUAAUUAAAUGUUUUAGAGCUAUGAAUCUCAUUGAAGCAGAAUUCAACAUAAGUUUAACAAAAUAAUGCUCUUUGGUGACAUCUUUUGGUCUGAAGUUCUAAAAAAUGUUAGUAGACCAAAAUAUGUUCUAAUUCAGUCCUUCAUCACAGAUUUAAGUAAUUGACAGAUUUAAGUAAGACAGAUUUAAGUAAUUGACAGCAUACUGGAAGUAUAAAAAUCAUGGGCUGAUAUUAAUAUUGACUUUUAAAAUACAGUAAAGUGGUAUAUUAGUAAGUAGAUCCUAAAGUUUAAACCUAUCAAAAAGUUGAAAUGCCUAAUUACUACAAAAUACUAAUUAAAAUGAAUAAAAUUGUAAGAUAAAUAAAAUGAAAGUGAAAGUAAUUCAGUUUUUCAGUAUCACAGGUUAUUCAUGAGAAAUACAGAAAAGUAACAGUGAAAAGUUUCAAAAUAUGGUAUCUACAGACAUAAUGGAAAUAAAAAUAAAAAGUAUUAUAUGAGGCCACAAUAGAGAUUGUUUUAAAAAACUAACAAAAUGAAUAUCUUACUUUCUUAAAUCAAUACAAAAUAGCAAGUUGGAAAUAAGACAAGUUAUAAACUGUAAAAAGCAUUUAAAAAUAUAGAGGAUAUUAUAAUGUAGUAUAGUUUUCUGACAAAAUAGAAUUUGACCCAAUGGAUUUAUUAACUUUUUUAAAUGUUUAAGGAAAAUGUGUAUCAAAAAAGAUGAUAUACUUACAUUAAUUGCAUUUUGAGGUACAUACGGCUUCAAUAUUAAAAUUCAAACAUUCUUUAAAAGGUCUCAUUCUUAGCAAAUGCAAUAUGAAAAGGAAAAUGUGGGCAAAUAAUAUAUCAACAAAAGUCUUUAUUUAUUGUGACUCAGAAUUAGAAGGCUGAUGUUCAGCAAAGCAGCCAUUGUAUCAACAUAAGUAGAAUAAAAUGGUAAAAAAUCCAAAGUAUUAGCUACUGCCAAAGUUAGUAGUCUCAACUCUUUAAAAAUUUAUCAUUCAUCUUUGAUUUAAUUAUCUUUGGUAAUUAUUUCAUUUUUUAGUGUGAUAAUUACUUGAAACUAAUAAUUAAUAUUCAUAUUGAGGAAACAGAUAUUUCUCAGUUUGAAAUUAAACUAUGCUGGCACCAUUUUCUUUAUAUAUGGUUGAAGAAAUUUGCCAUUGAGAAAAAGAAAUUCACAAAAUAAGAAAGAUAAGAAAACACCACAAAUUUUAUUUUCUAUUUACAUGGCUUUAUAGCUAGCUAAUCUUAUACUGUCAUAUAAAUCUAUUAAUGAGACUAAUUCAGGAAGUUGCAGGAUAUAUCAUUGUUAAAAAUCUAAUUUCUAUAUGCCAACAGUGACUGCAAUUUAAAGUGUUUGGGUAUUAAUAUAUAUGAACCAUAUAAAGGAUGUUAUGCAACUAUAUUGAGACAAUUUAAGAAAAAUGCUUAAAUAGAAGCAGGUUGAAGGAGCUAAAUUUAAAAUAUGUGCAUACUCUCAUGAGAGACAUCCUGAUAUAAUGGAAAAGUUGUACAUGUGGAGUCCUUGCAUCACAUCUUAUUAGUUGUCUCAUCUCAGGGAAAAACACUUUUAGCUUCCAUUUUACCACCUAUAUUAGAAUUAAUAAUUAUUGUGAGGAUUGAGUUAGUGAACAUGAAAUUAUUGUCCAAAGGAAUGUCAAUAUAUGACAUGGAUGUGUAGAUUUAUUUUAAUACCAUUUAACAUUCCUACUGGAUGUUUCAUGUAACUUGACAGAAUUAAAAGAAAUUACCUAGGCAAGUAAACAGGUAAAGAUGUUUUUAAA